AUGGCGCCGUGGCAGCCUCUUGAAAGCGCUUCCCACCUAUUUAUUCCUCAAGAUGCUCAACACCAGCCUCUCAUCCCUCGAAAUCUCCAGCAUCCCACGCACACUCAGGCCGUCACGUUGGGCGUCAUUGGCGGCUACGUCGUGGCCAUUGCCAUUCUCUGGAAUGUGCCGUAUCUGCGCAUGAUUCUGUGGCCAUUCAAGAUGCUCGUCAUCGCCUUCCACGAAUUUGGCCACGCCAUCACCGCCAUCCUCACCGGCGGCCGCGUCAAGUCCAUCUCCCUCGACCCCCAUGAAGGCGGCGUCACCCACCUCUCCGGCGGCAUCAGCGCCAUCACCCUCCCCGCGGGCUAUCUCGGCUCCUCCAUCAUCGGCGCCCUGCUCACCAUGUGCGGCUUCGACAUCGUCGCCAGCAAAGUCGCCUCCAUCGUCCUGGGCGUGUGUUUCCUGCUGACGCUGUGGUGGGGGAAACGCGACUGGCUGACCAUCUUGACGGUCCUGCUCGCCGUCGGGCUGCUGGUGGCCUGCUGGUUCAUCGUCCAUGCUGAGGCGCUGCGCUUCGUGGUGCUGUUUAUCGGCGUCAUGAGCUCGCUGUACAGCGUGUGGGAUAUCUGCGACGACUUGAUCCUGAGGAAGGUGAAUGAGUCGGAUGCGAGCGUCUUUGCGAAGCGGUAUGGCGGCUCGUCGCAGUGCUGGGGUGUUAUCUGGUCCGUCAUCUCGGUGCUUGUUAUGGCGGUUGGCAUUAUCAUUGGCUUGGCAGCCUUUUCGCAGUCGUUUGCGCAGCAAGAGGAGGACUCUAAGCAUUUCAUUCCUACUUAA